UUGUUUAGCGUGUGGAUGUGGACGUCGUGGUUGAUCAAAUGUAGGUUAAGUUUAAAGUGUAAAUUUUAAAGGAAAAGUUUCAUAUUUCAUAAUAGCCUAUUUUGUGUUGUUCUUCUAAAUUUUUAGUACAAUUCAUAAAAUUCACUUUUUUAUCGAUAAUAAUUUAUCUUUAUAAAAUUCUUAUUGCGCCGGUUGAAGUGGAGAAGAAAUGGUCCGAACAUCAUCCACACUGCUAAUGAAUGUCACAAUGCAGUUUUGGAGUUGAGAAAGCACUGCUGUCUGAUAGAUCGAUAAUAAAGACUGGCGUGGCAGUUAACAGUGAUGCGAGCAGACUGUUGCGAGACUACGGCGUACGUUGCAAUGGAGUGCUGGACUUGAGGUACAUGGCCCAGGCUGUCGGAUCGGUGCCUGCGGGCCUCGGAAAGAUGUCCAAUCUCUAUUUGAAUAAAGAACUGGAUAAAGAUCGGAGCAUCGCGUGCAGCAACUGGGAAGCCGGCUGUCUCUCAGAGAGGCAAAUCCAAUAUGCCGCAGAUGACGCCUUAGUGUCCGUCCAGUUGUUCCAAUAUUUCAACAAUCUAAUGUUGAAACGAGAUUUAUCCUGGUACAAGCGAUUGUUCUGGAGCUACAAAAAAGUGUGGGCUCGGGUUGAAUGGUACUGGCGAUCCUACAUCGAUCUUCCGUUCCCUGGCGAUCCGUUCCCCCGCGAAAUUAAUAUUCGAAGAAUUCCCCAGCCAUUCUUUUUUAUGAAUCAAUAAUCGAGAAAUUCAUUGGCCAUAAAACAACAUUAAAAAAGUAAGCAAUAGGCUUUAUAAGUAAAAUAUCACAAAGGUAGACUAUACAAACGAUCAAAUUUACACAACAUACACAUUCAAAUAAUCCAGGUACUCAUUAACAGUAUAGAGCUUCAGACUUGAGCCAUUUAUCAACAGCAAUACAAAACGUUUUCAAUGGUAACUGCUUAACAUUUUAUCUGGUAGUAAAUUAAACAUGCCAAUUUGUAGGUACCUAUGACUUUUCAGAGUUUUAGUCAAUCUAACUGUAGACAUAGUACACAUAGUACACUGUACACUUUACACUAGACAUAGGGAUAACUACUGUAGACCUACAGUUAGAUUGACUAAGACUAUUAGAUUGAUGUUAGAGUUAUAUAUAUAUA